UUCUUCUGUGAACAUAGACAGAGAAGGAAAUAAUGACAUAUUUCUAAGUGUUAUCAUCAGGUUGUUUGCCAGCUAUUCUCUUUUGGUUUCUUUUUGAUCCUUCCAUUUCUCCCUGAAGAUAUUUCACGGACGGUAACAUCAAAACGGCUGUGCUCGUUCUGCUCCGCUCGGGCGGCUGGAGCCCGAACCCGACGACACGUUAGCUCCCUGGCUUCAACGGACAGCUCUCAAAGCCUUUGUAAACAAUGGCGGAUGAAAAUACACAGUUCUGUGGAAACUGCAAACAUGACAUUCCCGAGGCUAAUUUUACAACCCACGAGAUACACUGUCGAAGAAACAUCGCACUUUGUGAUGUUUGCCAGGAGCCAGUCCCCCGCUCAGAUCUGCAGGAGCACAAACAACAGGAGCAUACACAGAUUACAUGCAAGUGCGGUUUGAAGAUUGAGAAGAAUAAUUUUGAUGUUCAUCAGAGUUCUGAAUGUCCUCAGCGGCUGGUCCCCUGCCAAUACUGUGAACUAGAAAUUGUUUUCAGUCAAUCCAAAGAACAUGAAGAUUACUGCGGCACUCGCACUGAGCUCUGUCCACACUGCAAGUGCAACGUCAUGUUAAGGGAACAAGCUGUACAUCCAGUCCUAUGUGGAAGCCUUACACCACCACAAGACAGGAACAACAGCCGGCUUAGUCGCAGUCCCGGAGAGCCACACUCUCCCGGGCCGUGGUUCGAAGCCUACUCCAUUCGAAACCUCCUGAGAGGACAAGAGAGAGGCCCAAAGAAUAACAACAUCAGUGCUGCAGAACAACAAGCCUUCUCCCGGCCGCUUGAUUCUCGAGUUUGUAACACUUCAAGGGGAACUCAGAGCUCGGGAGACUGGAAGAAUUCUGCCCCAAGAAAUACGUUCAGCCACAUGCUGGGGCAGACUGAUUUUCUGAGUAGCAGCAGCAGUGUGUGGCCACACAGUGAGCUCACAGAGGACGAGGAUUCAUCAGGCCUCACCUACAUGUUGGCUCUGAGCCUGCAGAGUGAUGGAGAAUCAGUAGCUGGAGGUGUAGAAGGCAAUCUGUGGAGUGGUAUCUGGGACAACAAGAUCGGGAAGACGUCCAACACCUCUGCAAACUCCCCUCUCUCUCCACCGAACAACAACUACACAAACUUCUCUACAGACACAAGUACAAGUGUACUGCAGGACCAUGAUCAGACAGAUACCAUGCUGCCUUGUGAGUUUUGUGAGGAGCUGUUCCCUGAAGAGGACCUCAUUUUGCAUCAGACCGGGUGCAGCCCUGCCUCCGCCUUUGCGUCCUUCAGCAAACAUCCCGUGUCUCCUCCUAAAGAGGACAGGACAGGCAGGAACGCUGCAGGACUGAUGCACAGCCUCCCCAACACUCUUGCCUCAAACAUCCCCACCUUCCCUCGCUCAGUCUCUCCGGCCUCCUACAGUCCUCCUGCCAGUCCUCUAGAGGGCGAUGUGGUCAUUCCUUGUGAGUUCUGUGGUGUUGCUCUGGAGGAGGCUGUCGUCUUCCACCAUCAGGAUAAAUGUGAUAUGCGUCCUCAAACCGCCCAUCCACUGAACAAUGUAGCAAAAGCGUCUCUCAAAAAACCGCUGAGUCCUAAAGACAUCUUUGGCAGAACGUCUCCUGAUUUUCAGAGGAGAAUAAAACAUCAAGCGGACUUCUCAGAGGAGAACUUUGGAUUUGACAGAGACUCCUCCCAAGGACAGAACAUGAGGGAAUGGCCGCGAGGUUACAUCGGACUGCCGAGUCAAAGAAACACGUCCGGCUGUGACGUCUCUGUGAGGGACAGACCUCAGCACAGCAGGGGAGCAGAAGGAGAUCAGUCUUCUUUCUAUGACACAGAAAGAUCUGGGUCUUCAUCAAUAAAGGGACUACAUCUACCAGAAAAUAAAGAAGGGAGAGGGAACAUAAGGAAUCCAAUGUCAAAGUUGCCCAAGAAGCAGAAUGAAGAGCAGCAGGAAGAGUGAGAGCAAGAACAUCAGGAGAAACAGAAACCAAACCUCCUCGUCUGCUUUUCGUUUCUUUUUGCACACAUUUAAAAAUCAAACGUAUACCUUUCUUAUAAGUGCCUGUGUGAGCAUUACUGUCCUGCAGUUUAUAUCUAUGAAUUUUACCGUUUAAUUCUACUAUAAGUAAUUUGUUUCUUUCAAGGAUAUCCUGUUUGAAAAAUUCUUUCAGUGAUUGUAUGUCUAACAUGUUAGCCUUAACAUCUAAAUUAUAAAAUGAGUUUAUUUACUAUGAAUUUGAUUUGUUUGUCUUACCUUUGAGUGUUUUCCUGGCUCAUCUUCAAACACAGAAACAUGUCACUGUGCUUUUGUGUGAAAUAUUUUUAACCUUUUGAUUCCAGCCAAGGACGUUUUGUUUUCAUCCCUGUUUGGUUUUUCUGGUUUGUCGUCUUCAGUGUUCCUGUUCUGAAUCUUCUGAAGCACUUUGAUAUAUAAAAAUAUUUUGAUAUAAAGGGCUUGAGGAACAGAUUUGAUACAUGUAUGCAUCUUUGACCAAGAAAAAAACAUAACCGUUUUAUGGGACAUUUGUGUUUUUAUACUGUUACAUGUUUGUCUUUAAUACUCUACAGUAAGUUUUUUUAAAAACCCUAACUAUAGACGUAUAUUUGUGUUGUGGUCCCUCUUGAAGCGGUGUCUCCUGUCCACUCUUCAUUUAAAUAGUGUGAAAUAGUUGUAAGCUGCUCCUCCUUAUAUGAUUUGAGAUAAAUAAGAUGUAUUUUAUGUAACAUAGGGUCCACUUUAGAAAGACAGCACCAGAGCAUUUUGUUAGAAUCACAUCUUUCCAGUAACCUCAAAAAGUGAAGGACACAUAUCCAGUGAAAUCAGCUGGUGGUUAGUUUGAUGACACUUCACACCGCUGAUUAAUCCUGUUUAGAAACAACUGUUAUACAGCUUUUUGUCUUGUGUUGCUAAUAAAUGUUUAAUGAGGACAGUCA